AUGUGGACCUCGCUCGACGCUGGCAUAGACUUCGCAAAUCCUUCUGGAAUACGACAGCAGCUUGAGAAGAAAGAUCGAGAUCGCAAGGACAAUACAAAAAGCACCUUCUCAACAUCGAGGACAGGCGCUUACAACGAUGUCUCGAAGGCAAGAGGUGCAUCAGGUUUAUCAAAGGAGUACAACCAUUCCGCAGAACCAGCCGAUCAGGCUGACCAACAAGGACAGCCAGAUCCUCCUAAGCCGCUGGAUCAUCAGUCUAGAUUCAACGCUUUGAAAAGCUUCUAUCGAGAGCAAUUAAUAGCCUCUGAUACAAAUCAAACUUCAGCUCUUGAUGCAGCAUUUUCUUCUCCUUCGUCUCUCACACGGCUGAUGAAUCUCUACAGCAGUAGUGGGGGUAUGCUGAAGAAACAAAAACCAAAGAUCUCCGUCAUGAGGGAAGCUCUUGUUAUAAGUGAAGGACUACAAAUAGCCACAGAUCCUUCUCUUCGCGAUGAUUCAGUAUUUGCCUAUGACGAUACACCUUCUCCCGAGCAGACAGCAUAUCAGUAUCCUGCUCCGUUGGGCAAUCCCACUGCUGUUAAAGUGUCUGAGCUCAAACCCAUGCCUACUCUGCUGCGGACGAAAAGGUCAAAACGUUGCGCAGCGUGCAAACAUAUCCUAGUGAAGCCUGAACUCAAAGUCACCUCAACGCGCUACCGUAUCAAGCUCGUCGCCCUCAACUACAUUCCGUUCAUCACACUCAAACCUGUCCCGACUCCUGGCGGACUGCUCUCUGCAGGUCCUGAUGGUGAUCCUACAGUCAAACUUCAGCCUGGCAAACCCAGUCAAUGGAUCCUGACUCUGAAGAAUCCUCUCUUCGAGAACGUUGAUGUUAGUCUUGGCUCGCCGAGCACGACACCCGGCAAGCAUGGUCAUAAGGUCACCAUCCUCUGCCCACAGUUUAGCAUUGGCAAAAACGGAGAUGUCUGGGAUGAUCCUAUAUCGCAAACUCUCCCCAAAUCAGACGCGCAAAUGUCCCUCGGUCUAGGUGGUGAGCAGAUAGCUGGUAAGGUCUAUGAUCGUGGCAGAAACUGGACGAGUGUCGUGAUUGAGAUCGUUGCUUCGAGUAUCGUGAAGGACAAAGAUGAGCCAAAUAUUCAGGACGACGAUCUUUUACAAAUACCUGUUCGUGUCAAUCUCGAAUGGAAGGUCACAGACGAACAAGCACUAAGACAAGAGCAUGGCGACAAGAGAGGUACAGAAAUUGAGGGUGAUGACGGUAGCAGAUCACUAUCAUAUUGGGUUGUUUUAGGUAUAGGACGAGUCGCUGGUCAUACUGUCUAA